AUGUUGUCGAGAGUAUUGAAAGCAACCAGUAUAAAGUCAUCUGCUAGACAAGUUAUGAGGUUCAACUCAACAAUCAUCAAGCUAUCUUCAACCACUACAAGUUUCCCAACCGGCCAUACAAACCCCAACGAUGAACCAUAUCUAACUCCAAGCUUUAUCAACAACCAAUUCAUCAAAUCAGAAACUAAAGAAUGGUUUGAUAUCCACGAUCCUGCUACUAAUAAUGUCGUUUCUAAAGUCCCACAAUCCACAGAAUCGGAAUUGGAUGAUGCUAUCGCUAGUGCCCAUGCCGCAUUCCCAAGUUGGAGAGAUACUUCUGUCAUUAAACGUCAAGGAAUUGCAUUCAAUUUUGCUUCCUUAUUAAAGGAGAAUAGAGAUAGAAUUGCUAGUGUGAUUGUUUUGGAGCAGGGAAAGACUUUUGUCGAUGCUCAAGGAGACGUUACUAGAGGUUUACAAGUUGCCGAGGCUGCUUGUAAUAUAACAAAUGACCUCAAGGGUGAGACUUUAGAAGUUAGUACCGAUAUGGAAACAAAGAUGAUUAGAGAACCUUUAGGGGUAGUUGCUUCCAUUUGUCCAUUUAACUUUCCAGCAAUGGUUCCAUUAUGGUCGUUGCCUCUAAUUUUGGUCACCGGUAAUACUGCCGUUGUUAAGCCUUCAGAAAGAGUUCCUGGUGCAGCAAUGAUUAUUUGUGAAUUGGCAGCAAAAGCAGGUGUGCCACCCGGUGUGAUUAACAUUGUACAUGGUAAACAUGCUACUGUUAACAAAUUGAUUGAAGAUCCUAGAAUCCAAGCCGUGACAUUUGUAGGUGGUGAUAAAGCAGGUAAAUAUAUUUACGAAAAAGGUACUGCAUUGGGUAAAAGAGUUCAAGCUAAUUUGGGAGCCAAGAACCAUUUAGUUGUUCUUCCAGAUGCACCAAAGCAACAGUUCAUUAAUGCGUUGAAUGGUGCUGCAUUUGGAGCUGCUGGUCAAAGAUGUAUGGCUAUAAGUGUAUUGGUUACAGUUGGUAAAACCAAAGAAUGGAUCAAGGAUAUAAUUAAGGAUGCAAAACAAUUGAAAACGGGUUCAGGUUUUGAUAAGUCAUCGGAUUUGGGUCCUUUGAUUAAUCCAGAAUCACUUGCAAAAGCAGAACAAAUUAUUGAAGACUCGGUUAAGCAAGGAGCAACAUUGGAACUAGAUGGUCGUGGCUAUAGACCCGAUGAUUCCAAAUUCUCCAAGGGAAAUUUCCUUGCACCAACAAUAAUUAGUGGAGUUGAACCCGGUAUGCGUUGUUAUGACGAGGAAAUUUUUGCUCCUGUGUUAUCAGUAGUGAAUGUUGACACAAUUGAUGAAGCUAUUGAGUUGAUUAAUGCUAAUCGUUAUGGUAACGGAGUUUCACUUUUCACUUCACUGGGUGGUUUUGCUCAAUAUUUCACAAAGAGAAUCGAUGUUGGUCAAGUUGGUAUUAAUGUGCCUAUUCCUGUUCCAUUACCUAUGUUCUCAUUUACCGGAUCAAGAGGUUCCUUUUUGGGUGAUUUGAACUUUUAUGGUAAAUCCGGUAUCACAUUCUUGACUAAACCAAAGACUAUUACAAGUGCAUGGAAAGUUAAUACUAUUACUACAGGUGAUGAGAUUUUAAAACCAUCUACUUCAAUGCCUGUGCAACAGUAA